AUGCUGGGACUACUUGCUUUUGUGGCACUUUCUCUGCAGAGUUUUGCUGGGGCCAGUCUCAUUUCUGGCCCGACUGUAAAACUCGACGCUGCGACGGCUAUUGGGACGAAUGUUGGACCUCUCUCCAAGUUUCUAGGGAUUCCCUAUGCAGUACCACCUGUACGCUUUCGUCCAGCUCAAGCUGCACCUCCGUACAGGGGCAACAUCGAUGCUAGAAAAUACGGUGCUCUCUGUCCUCAGCAGAAAAUCGACCUACCACAGUCGGGCAUCCCGCAGGUAGACACAAUAUUGAACACCACUCCUGAACUCCGAAAUGCGCCUGGAGUGGAGAGUGAAGAUUGUCUCACCCUCAAUGUGAUUAAACCAGCUGUUAGCCACUCCUCUCGCCCGUUACCGGUCGUCGUUUGGAUUCACGGUGGUGCUUAUCAGGCCGGAGACACAGCUGGGUACGACGAAAUUGGAUCGGACCUUGUGAAGCGCUCGAUUGCUCUAGGGAAACCCAUUAUUUAUGUCUCAAUGAACUACAGACUUACAGCUUACGGGUUUAUGGGAGGUGUGGAAAUUUUCCAAGAUGGCAGUGGGAACUUGGGUCUUCGUGAUCAACGUCUCGCUAUCAAGUGGGUCAACAAAUACAUCCGCUCAUUUGGCGGCGAUGCAUCCAAAGUUACGCUCUGGGGACAAUCUUCAGGCGCCAUCUCUAUCGGUUUACAGAUGAUGACCAAUGGAGGCGACAAUGAAGGUCUUUUCCGUGGCGGUUUCUUGCAAUCCGGAUCGCCACUUCCAAUUGGGAAUAUCACAAAAGGAACUGGUCAAGUAUACUAUGAUUUCAUUAGCGCGGAUACCGGAUGCUCUACCUCGAACAACACACUUGAGUGCUUGCGUAACCUUCCUUUCCCAGUUCUCAAAGCGACCGUGGACAAAACUCCAAGCUUCUUCUCAUAUCUGUCGCUUGCCUUGAUCUGGCAUCCUAGCGUAGACGGCAUUUUCCUAAAGGACAAUCCCCAGAGCUUGGUGACUCAGGGAAAAUUCGCAAGCAUACCAAUUGUCUCUGGAACCACCGAUGACGAAGGGACCAUGUUCGGACUCUCGUCUCUGAAUGUUACCACCGAGGACCAGUUCCGUCAAUACAUCAGCACCGUUUGGUAUCCCCGCAAUCCGGUCUCGGAACUGGACCAAUUGUGGACAUUCUACCCUGCCGAUGUCACCCAAGGCUCUCCGUUCAACACAGGAAACAAAAAUGCACUUACUCCGCAAUUCAAGAGAAUAUCGGCGUUCAUUGGUGACUCGGUACAGUCAGGACCAAGACGGACGUUUUUACAGAAGGCUUCGACUAAGAAUAAAGUGUGGGCUUAUAUUAGCGAAGUAGCGAAGUCUACACCUGGGGUUGGAUCCUAUCAUGGAUCCGAUCUGGUUUCUGGUGCAGCCACCGACUAUCUCAUCAACUUUGUAACAGAUCUUGAUCCAAAUACGCACUCAACCCCGCAUUGGCCGACGUACGAUGCUCAUUCACCUCAACUACUCACAUUGCCUCAAUCUGGGAAACCGUUUUUGACGCCUGACACUUUCAGACUCGAUGCUAUAAAUUAUCUCAAUAAUCUAUCCUUCGCUCAUCCAUUUGUACUCUAA